AGAUGUCUAGGCUUAGAGGGAAAGUUGUGCUGAUUCUGAGCGUUGUGGUUCUGGCAACUUUUCUGGCUGCGGUGAGAGGGCUGCCCUUGAGGAAACAACGCAACCACAGUCCGAAGGGAAGGAGCUAUAAACUGGUGGAGAUUUCCACUUCAUCUGACGCUGCUUCCCUCAAAGAAGAAGAAAUGCCACCAUCUAAUAAGGUCCGAAACCUGAGGCGAAAUGGACGGGCUAUGCCACGUCGGCAGAAACGCCGUUGGCCAUCACAACAUGCUGCAAAGAACCAGUUGGCAUCGCUCCAGCCAAGUGGCUCAGUCCAGGAGGAGAGCACACCCUUUGUGCUGGACUUGCAGAACCUGCCAGGUUUAGCCGAUGUGGACCUGAGUGCUCAGAACCCAAACAUACAGGUGACCAUUGAGGUGGUGGAUGACCCUCAGGCUGAGAUGGAGAUGGACCUCCUGAAGGAGACCAGCAAUGACUGGUCUCUGACCUCCUCUGAGUGGCUGUCCCAUAAAGACCUCUUCUGGCCACUUUUCUGGGAGUACACAGACCCUGUGGAAGAGGAGAGUGAAGAUGACAACUUAGACAUCAGGAGCAAAGGAGAAGAGGAGGAUGAAGAGGAAGAAGAGGAAGAUUAUGCUUCAGAGUAUGAGGAGGAGGAGACAGUGCUGAGUGGAGUGGGGGGUGACUGGGACCAGAGGUGGCCCAAUCAAAAGAACUGGAUCUUUAAAGAGAAGUAUAAUUAUGACUAUGAAGACGAAGAGGAGUGGAGUCCCUGGUCUCCCUGCAGUGUAACUUGUGGCAGUGGCAACCAGAAGAGAACCCGAUCUUGUGGCUACGCUUGUACUGCCACCGAGUCAAGAACCUGUGACCUGCUCCGCUGUCCUGGAGCAGGUGGGGAUUUAGCUUUUGCCACUGAAGAGACACCUUUUGAAGCUGAGAAUGCCACUGGGAUCUUAAAUUCAGAUGUUGACAGCUGUGAGAAGUGGCUGAACUGCAAGAGCGACUUCCUCAACAAAUACCUGAGCAAAGUGCUGUCGGACCUGCCCAGCUGCCCCUGCUUCUACCCGCUGGAGGCCGUGUACAGUGCUGUCAACCUGCGGGACGAGCGGCAGGGCAAGAGCUUCCGCUGGCGGGAUGCCAGUGGGCCCAAGGAGCGGCUGGACAUCUACAAGCCCACGGCCCGGUUCUGCCUGCGCUCUAUGCUCUCCUUGGACAGCACCACGCUGGCCGCCCAGCACUGCUGCUAUGACGAGAACACCAAGCUGAUCACGCGGGGCAAGGGGGCCGGUGCACCCAACCUCAUCAGCACAGAGUUCUCCCCGGAGCUGCACUACAAGGUGGACAUGCUGCCCUGGAUCCUCUGCAAGGGGGAUUGGAGCCGGUACCAUGCCGUGCGGCCCCCCAAUAACGGGAAACAAUGUGCCGACAACCCCCCAGAGGACGAGUACCUUUCUCAGCUACAGGAGGCUAGAGAGUACUAGCACAACUAGAAAAGGGGCUGUGGAGAUCAGAACAUCCUCAGUCUCCCACACAACAUGCUAAAGAGCAUAAUGGGACCUCUGCUCUCCCCCCCCCCACCUGCUUUUAUGUCAACAAAGGCCUCUGGUCCAGAGGGGCUUCAGAGCUGUCCCUUGCUGUCCAUCCCCUUGGUAACAAGGUAGUCUGUAGGGAACCUCUACACAGAUUUUACUGUGGUUCCGUCUGUGUCUUCUCUUCAGCAGCCUCCAGUUCCUUACCUGUUUUCCUUGUUGCCCCAGUAGUUGCCACUGUCAAGUUGGCUCAAAGAGGCACUUUCCCCAGAGAGCAUCCCAUGGCUAACAAAUGUAUCUUGUGGGAUUCUGGGACACAGGAAGAGAUGGAGUGGAAAGUGAUGGCAGCAGCAGGUGAAUGGAGCAUUCCAAACGAAAAGUCUGGUCUCUCUACAGCUAUACGGCACUCAUGGCUGUCUUGCAAGGCAGUCAGAGAGUCCAUAAGUCAUAAAACUCUUGAGUGCCUAGUGGAUUUGUAUGCUGCCUAAAGAUGGGUGUCUAACUGCACCAGUGCUGGUGUGUGUGUGUAAUAAAAGGGAAACUUGGUUGGAUGCAUUCAGAGAGAAGCCUGGAUGCAAGCUUCUGCAAUCUGGGAUGGUCCCAGGGAAGAGAAAGGGUGGCAUCUUUUCUGUCUGUUACAUUCCACUCAGUUUUGAAAGACUGAGAGGAAUGCAGGUUCUGCAGGUAUGUGAAAAUGUGUCCACUAAAUUGUUGCUGAGGUGGAUGGGAGAAGCUGGAUCUAAUUUCUACCCAGAAAAGAAAAAUGACCAAAUACUUUCUGAAGCCUGGCAGAAAAUCCAGCAGAUGCAUUUUGUGCAUAUUUUUCUGAAGCUUGGCAGAAAAUCCAGCAAUUGCACCAGAAAAGAAAAAUGACCAAAUAUUUUCUGAAGCCUGGCAGAAAAUCCAGCAGUUGCAUUUUGUAAAAUCAGGCAUCUUGGGGGUGGGGGGAAAACCCCAUAGCACUGAGUAACAUCAGUCAAUAGCAGGUGCCCCAGCCAUAUCUAUGCAAGUUCAUAGACCAGGCAAAAGACUUUCCUGGCCCCUAAAGGCAACAGUGAACAACUACGGCAGUGAUUUAAAUACCACUUUUCAACAGAAGGGCUCAAAGCAGUUUACAUAGGGGGGAAAUAAAUAAAUAAGAUGGUUCCCUAUCCCAAAAGGGCUGACAGUCUAAAAGGAAAUAUAAGGUAGGCUCCAGCAACAGCCACUGGAGGGAUGCUGUGCUGAGGUUGAAUAGGGCCACUUGCUUUCCCCGCUGUUAAGUAUAAGAGAGUCGUCAUUUUAAAAGGUGCCUCUUUGCUCAGUUAACAGGGGUAACAAAGCUCUUGGGAAGAUGGGUGGGAAUGGUGUACCCAAGGGACUACAACCUUGCCGUCAGUCCAGCUUUUCUUCCAGAAAGCUAACUGCUUCAAGAAGAUGGAUUUGGGAGGUGGUUUUGACUUGGCAAAGUGUGAAUGGAACUUCACUGGGAUUACCCAAUCUCGGGAGGGGAAGCAACCCACACAUGGAUUUCUUGCAUAGCUGUCCAGUUUCUCACCUACUGGUAGGAAGGUCUGACUUUUGUAGUUUUGUUUGGGCUGCCUAAUUUUGGCUUAGCUUGGGGUUUUCAGGAUUUGGAAACCUUGAGGGAGAUCUUCUGUCAUUGAAGCAGGGUUGGGCUUGGAAUGUUGAGUAAUGGGUUGGGAGCUGUGUUUGGAGAAAAAAGACACCGCGCACUGAGAGGGACGGUGAGUUGUGUUGAGUGGAGGUCAUCCCCAGCGCUCUGGGUGCUCUGAACCUUUAAAAAUUACAGGAAAAGCAAGCCCCAAAUUCUGUGCCAAUGAAUUGUGCAAAUUAAGCAGACUUGCAUAAUUGUCCCCCCAUCACAAUCCACUCUGUGCAAUAUUUGUUACACAGAUUUCUAGGAUACUGCCCAGUCUUGUCCUGUGAUAAUAGCCAAAUUGGGAUAAUAAUCCUAAUCCUUCUGAAGUCAACAGCAAACCACUCUUUGAUUUCAAAUGAAGCAGAGUUGAAGCCUGGGCGUUUGUAUCAAGCCCCUUUUGAAAUGUAGCCAUUGAUUUCAACAAGAGGCUCCCAUCUGCCAGAACAGUCUGCCUUUUAAGAACACGCACACCUAGGAACUGGAGGUCAGAAGUGUUCCCCAUACCCUUGCAGCUUUUUUUAAUGAUUGCAAGCCACUUGCUAAACCUGCCUCAACAUCUGGCUAAGGCCUUCCAUAUAUAACGCAAAGCCUCUAUGACAGGGCUGCACUACUUCAGCCCUCCUGCAGAUGCUGGACUACAGCUCCCAUCAUCCCUGACUAUUGACUACUGUGGCUGGGAAUGAUGGGAGUUGUAGGGCAUCAUUAGCACGAGGGCCAAAGUUGUGCUGCCCUGCACUAUUGAGGGUUCUCUCUCUCUCUCUCUCGUCUCCUCUUUAAGGGUGACUGGCUUUACGGUUGCUCAGGCACAUUUCAACAUGUGUCAAAGUGGCAGCACACUGUGCCCUGCAAGACCCUAUAAAUUCAGAACCGGGAUAUGGUGGGCCAUGAUCUUGACACAUCUGGAAGCACCCACAAGAAGAUGGUUCGUUGUGGGGAGGGAAAUCAAGGUACAGCAUCAGAACCAUGCAGAGCGGCUUUUUGUUUCAUUAUAUGUGAGGGUGGGGGGAAGCAAGCUGAAGAUUUCCCUUUAAAACAAGCAAACAAUCCUCUCCUGGUUUUUUUGCCUUAAAACUCAUGAUUGUGGCCAGCGCUGCUGAUGGAACAGGCCACAGACUGCUAGACUGGGAUGUUUCUGUUAUGACAUCUAGUGGUCACAUAAGAAAUUAGCAGAUGUCUUCCUAUGAGGAAGCCCUCAGUGUAAAAAAUCAUAUCUGGAAUCUUGACAAAUAUACAGGUGAUGGAAAUACCCUUCCUGUUCUCUGUUUAAACAUUCUCUUGCUUCUGCCCCCCAAUGGAAUUUUCAGCCCUUGCUUUUCUGUGCACUCAUUGGCUCAGAGUACAUCAUUCUGUCAAAUCUAGUUUCCAUUGCAUUCUGAAGGGUCCAGGUCUGGGUGCAUUAUUCAGCAUGCUUCUCCAGAUAGAGAGGGUGUGUGUGUGUGUGUGUGUGUGUGUGUGUGUGUGUGUGUGUGUGUGUGUGUGUUGUUUUACUCAUCUUUCCCUAGCACACACAGUGAUAGACAGCAUGGUAGUGUGUGUUACAUGCUGCUGUGCUUUUAAACGUUGCAAUAUAAUAGUGCAAUUUUUCUAGAAUUUGAGAUGCAAGUUGAGAAAUUAAUUAAUUUGACAUGAGAAUAGAAUAUUCUAUAGUAGGGAUAAACACAAAAGUUUGACCAUGUAGUAUCAUAAGAAUAUUGAAAACUGCCUUAUACUGAGUGAGACCAUUAGUUCAUCUAAUUCAGAAUUGUCUAAACAAGAGGUUCCCUGCCUUAGGUCCCAAGGUAAUUAUGGACUAUAACUCUCAUCAUCCACCACAACAUCAGUGUGAAUUAUGGCAGUUGUAGUCCAAAUCUGGUGUACCCAAGGUUGGGAACCUUUGGUCUAUAUUGAAUUGCAGCAGCUCUUCAGCAAUUCAGGUUCAGGGAUCUUUUCCACCCUACCUGGAGAUCACAGUUCCCUCUAAGGCGUGCAUACAUGUGCGUCCUCAUAAGUUUUUGGAUGUCUGCUCAGUUAUUUUUAGAUCCUGCUCAGGUUGAAUCAGGAAGGCCCUAUUCUGAAUGCAAGUGCGCGCACACUGCUUUGAUACUGCCACCUAGAACAAAACUCAUUCUGCACAGAGAUGAAAAAAAUUAGAGGGACCACUGCUGGAAAUGCCAGAGAUUGAAACUGGGGAUUGCUAUAUGAAACGCAUGUGUGCGACCAUCCCCUAAUAAGAAAAUUCCUGGUCUCCAAAUUCACGUACAAAACCCAAAGCAAGAGUUUCGCAGUCACAACUUCUGCCUUGAGUUGUGCAACUUCCUUGCGAUCCCCUUGGUUUGGGGUUUCUGUCACUGGCAAGGGAGCAACUUCUGCCUUGAGUCAUUCUCUUGCCAGUGACAUAAUGUUAGUGACAUUCAAGUAAGUCAAGUCAAGUUGUUGGCACAACUAACUUCUGGAUCCCUGGAACAGGACUAAAUUGGAAGAGGAACCAUGUAUGGACACUGUGGAAAGACAUUGCUUGCAGCAGUCUCAUACUAAACUUCUGCUUAGUGUCAAGGCUUGUAGAUAUUUUAGAGCUCACUGAUAAAAGAGUGGAGUAUGUUUACCCAGUAUAUGGAUUAUCUGCAACUUUCAAAUAGCAGGCACAGGUUCUUGUUAGAGCUGGGCUGUGGACCACUGCAUCCAGAGACCCCAUUCCUCUUCCAUGGUCUCUCUACAGUUCCACAUUUGGAACUACACCUUUGCAGAGUCGGCUGUGGCACAUUUUAAGAGUUUUACCUUGGGAGCUGGCACACACCUCUCCCUCUCCAGAAUGGAGACCCCAUAUAUAUGCACAAGUCCAUAGAGACAGGGUUGGCCUUGUUUCUCCACCAGGAUCUUCACCUCCAGUUUCAAUUUUUCCUCUUUUUGUUGCAUCCCUUGCUUUCAUGUUCUUUAGAAAAUUCCCAACACAUUGGAACUGAACAUACUAUAGGAUUAAGUCCCUUUUGGGGUUGGUUUUUUUUUUUUAGGAACUCCAUUUCUAGCAUUGCUGAAAUCCAAGCACAGCAUCUGCUGACAAUGGGACCUGCUUGCAUAUGAGACCAAGAAUCACAGGCAUGCCCGGGAUGCCAGUGGUAAAAGACUCAGCAUUCCACCUUGGGGAGCUCCCUGAGUCAUAGAUGCCUGUAAAGCUUUGGGUGUCCAGCUGGGUUCAGAACUAAUGUGAAGGCCUAGUUUGUUUAGGGGAACCUUGGUUUCAUGUUAUGUCUGGACCCACGCCUGCCCACAAACAUGGUUUCUUUGAGGCCAUCAGGAUCUGAAACCAUGGUCUGAAUCUGGUUUAUAACCACAAUAUGUGCUAGCUGUGGCUUCCUGCAGUGACAAUGAUGUUGGUGGUAGCCCAUGUUGAAACUUUUGGGUGGCCAUCAUGGCAGCCCCCGCUUACCUGUCUCUCCCAUCUGUAGCCUCUCUCCACUACUCACCUGCUGCCUCUGGGGUGGCCCUAAGCUGUUGCCAGCUGCAGUGUGGAAUGAUGCAUUAUGGCCCAGUGUAAACUGGGCCAAUUGGGGACUGUGGCGGUAUAAUGGCAUCAUGGCCUGGUGUUGGGCCAUCGCAUUUCAGCCGGCAACAGCUUAGCAAGUCAAUCUUCUUGUGGGGACUGUGGACUUCAUGGGGCCACAUGGAGGCAGCAGAUGAGUGGGGAAAAACAGGCGAAGGGCCCUCAGCGACCCCCCCCUUGUGUUCUUAGGUCUGCCUAAUUAUAAUUAUCUCUUGCUGUGUUGGCUGAAUUCGCAGACCAUUGGCAAGCCACAGUGAGGGCGACGUCUUUGCCCCAGGAAACUGUUGCACAUGGAGUCAGGAGUGAAUUUAGGAAGCUGAAUUCUGAGCAGGCGGGGAAAUGAAAGCUGACAAUCGGCCCUAAACCAUAGCAUGUCUGGCAGCACAACCUAUAAUGUGGGUUCUUAACUAAGGGUCGCACAAACCAUGGUUUCCUGUUAUGUCUUAACCCGGCAUCAUCUUCUAGCAUCUUGGAUGCCCCUGUUUCCACGAGCACCUUGCACACCCAGGAAGUUCCACAGCCUCCUUUGAGUGGGUAAAUAGCAAAACAAGGGUUUAUUUUUAUAACAUGUGAUUAAAAUUCUGACCAGCCAUUUCUAUUUAAGCUAUAACUUUUUGUGUGUAUAUUGUCCCUGUUGACAUAAUUUUAUUGCUGUAUCAUUACACUGUUGUAUAUAGGUAUAUAUAUAUUUUAGUGCUACUAAACAGCAUUUAUGAAGAGAUCUCCUUUAUUCUGACUUUCGUUGAAAGCACUUUAUUUCAAAAUGUGUGUGUUUGUGACCAACAUGCAAUUGUACACUGCUGCGUGGUUUAGUUUGAUUUGAAAGGGACGACACCAUGUUCAUGCUGCGCAUUUUAGGGAUCACUCAUGAGCCUGGUCAAUAAGGACCUGGCGAGUUUUGCCAUCUUCUCUGUGUUUGUGUUUUGAUGGGUGCAACUCAGAGCAAAGCGGCAUCCAGAUGUUUCCUUGCAGUUACAAACUUCCGGAGAGGGAACUCUCAGAAGCCUCUUGGUUCUAGCUUGGCUGGAAAUUAAGCCUAUCCUAUGGUGUUUUGACAUUCCUGUUCCCAUCUGAGGAAAAACAAAAGAAUGAAAAGGGCCUUUUGAGAACUCUUGCACACCUUUUUGUUGCUUUCCAAAGAGGAGCGAAUGUUUUUGAUGUGGUUCUGUGGGGCGAAGGAUUGGGGCCAGGUUCCUCUCCAUAGCUGGUUCGCCCAUCCCAAGCGUCCCACUGUUUUGGUCUUUUCCUUGUACAGUAUUUAUUGCUUGAUGAUUAUGAUAGCUUAAGGAAUGGAGAUGCUAGUGUUGGUGAAUGAGGCCUCACUCUUGGGAGGGGGAUGUGUGUGUGUGUGUGUGUGUGUGUGUGUGUGUGUGUGUGUGUGAAGUGCCAAAAGGGAAGCAAGAAUACAGAUGUCUCUUAUGAAUAAACGAUUGUUAACCCACCACAA